UGGCGCGCGGGUAGGGGCGGACCGUGAUCCAAGCCCAACGCGAGGGCGGCGCCCAGGGAUUCAAGCCGCGAAGAAGAGCAGGGCAGCUGGCCUGGAGCUUAGAGCCGGGGCGUUUGCCAUGGCCCCACACUGGGCUGUCUGGCUGCUGGCAGUGGGGCUGUGGGGCCUGGGCAUUGGGGCUGAGGUGUGGUGGAACCUGGUGCCCCGGAAGACGGUAUCUUCUGGGGAGUUGGCCACAGUAGUGCGGCGGUUCUCCCAAACGGGCAUCCAGGACUUCCUGACAUUGACCCUGACUGAGCAGACAGGACUUCUGUAUGUGGGGGCCCGGGAGGCCCUGUUUGCCUUCAGCGUGGAGGCGCUGGAGCUGCAAGGAGCGAUCUCGUGGGAGGCACCAGCUGAGAAGAAGGCCGAGUGUAUCCAGAAAGGGAAGAGUAACCAGACGGAGUGUUUCAACUUUAUCCGCUUCCUGCAGCCCUACAACACAUCCCACCUGUACGUCUGUGGUACCUACGCCUUCCAGCCCAAAUGCACCUACAUCGACAUGCUUACCUUCACUUUGGAGCGUGGAGAGUUUGAGGAUGGGAAGGGGAAAUGUCCCUAUGACCCAGCCAAGGGCCACACUGGCCUCCUUGUGGAUGGCGAGCUGUACUCGGCCACGCUCAACAACUUCCUAGGUACAGAGCCUGUUAUCCUGCGCAACAUGGGCCCUCACCACUCCAUGAAGACAGAAUACCUGGCCUUCUGGCUCAAUGAACCUCAUUUUGUAGGCUCUGCCUACAUACCAGAGAGUGUGGGCAGCUUCACAGGGGACGAUGACAAGGUCUACUUCUUCUUCAGUGAGCGGGCAGUGGAGUAUGAUUGCUAUGCGGAACAGGUGGUGGCUCGGGUAGCCCGAGUCUGCAAGGGCGACAUGGGGGGUGCACGGACCCUGCAGAGGAAGUGGACCACGUUCCUGAAGGCGAGGCUGGUGUGCUCUGCCCCCGACUGGCAGCUCUACUUCAACCAACUGCAGGCACUGCACACCCUGCAGGAUGCCUCUUGGCACAACACCACCUUCUUUGGGGUUUUUCGUGCACGAUGGGGCGAUGUGGACCUGUCAGCAGUCUGCGAGUACCAGUUGGAAGAGAUCCAGAGGGUAUUUGAGGGUCCCUACAAGGAGUACCGUGAGCAAGCCCAGAAGUGGGGCCGCUAUACUGACCCAGUACCCAGCCCACGGCCAGGCUCGUGCAUCAACAACUGGCACCGACGCCAUGGCUAUACCAGUUCUCUAGAGCUGCCUGAUAACACCCUCAACUUCAUCAAGAAGCACCCACUGAUGGAGGAGCAAGUAGGGCCUCGGUGGGGCCGGCCCUUGCUUGUGAAGAAGGACACCAACUUCACCCACCUGGUGGCUGACCGGGUUACAGGACUUGAUGGAGCCACCUAUACAGUGCUGUUCAUUGGUACAGGAGACGGCUGGCUGCUUAAGGCUGUGAGCCUGGGGCCCUGGGUCCACCUGAUCGAGGAGCUACAGGUGUUUGACCAGGAGCCUGUGGAAAGCUUGGUCCUAUCCCGGAGCAAGAAGCUUCUCUUUGCAGGCUCCCGCUCUCAGCUGGUUCAGCUGCCCCUGGCUGACUGCAUGAAGUACCGCUCUUGCGCAGACUGCGUCCUCGCUCGGGACCCCUACUGUGCCUGGAGUGUCAACACCAGCCGCUGUGUGACCGUGGGUGGCCACUCUGGGUCCUUGCUGAUCCAGCACGUGACAGUCUCAGACACCUCAGGCAUUUGUAACCUCCGUGGCAAUAAGAAAGUCAGGCUCACACCCAAAAACAUCACCGUGGUGGCAGGCACAGACCUGGUGCUGCCCUGCCGCCUCUCUUCCAAUUUGGCCCAUGCCCGCUGGACUUUUGGGGGCCGGGACCUGCCUGCCGAACAGCCCGGCUCCUUCCUCUAUGAUGCCCGCCUACAGGCCCUGGUUGUGAUGGCCGCCCAGCCCCGCCACGCCGGGGCCUACCACUGCUUUUCAGAGGAGCAGGGGGCGCGGCUGGCUGCUGAAGGCUACCUGGUGGCUGUGGUGGCGGGUCCAUCGGUGACCCUGGAGGCCCGGGCACCCUUGGAAAACCUGGGGCUGGUGUGGCUGGCUGUGGUGGCCCUGGGGGCCGUGUGCCUGGUGCUGCUGCUGCUUGUUUUGUCCCUGCGCCGGCGGCUGCGGGAGGAACUGGAAAAAGGUGCCAAGGCGGCGGAGAGAACCCUGGUGUACCCUCUGGAGCUGCCCAAGGAGCCUACCAGCCCCCCGUUCAGGCCUGGCCCCGAGGCCGAUGAGAAACUCUGGGAUCCUGUUGGCUACUACUACUCGGACGGCUCCCUCAAGAUUGUGCCUGGACACGCUCGGUGCCAGCCCGGGGGCGGGCCCCCUUCUCCACCUCCAGGCAUCCCCGGCCAGCCCCUGCCUUCUCCGACCCGGCUUCACCUGGGGGGCGGGCGGAACUCAAAUGCCAAUGGCUACGUCCGCUUACAGCUGGGAGGGGAGGACCGCGGCGGGCUUGGGCACCCGCUGCCGGAGCUCGCUGAUGAACUGAGGCGCAAGCUGCAGCAGCGCCAGCCGCUGCCGGACUCCAAUCCUGAGGAGUCCUCGGUAUGAGGGGCCCCCACCGCUUCACAGGGGCAGCGUGGGAGGUGCAGCUCCUACUUUUGCACAGGCAUCAGCUACCUCAGGGACAUGGCGCGGGCACCUGCUCGGCCUGGGACAGACCCUGCCCAGCACCCGUCCGGCCAUGAGGACCUGCUCUGCUCAGCACGGGCACUGCCACUUGGUGUGGCUCACCAGGGCACCAGCCUCGCAGAAGGCAUCUUCCUCCUCUCUGUGAGGGGCUGUGAAUCACGGACACAUGGGACCCCAGCAGCCAAAACUUUUCAAGGCAGAAGUUGGAGAUGUGGGUGUGUUUGUAUCUAUAUGUACGUGUAUCUGGGUGUGUGCAUGUGUGUGUGUGCGUGACAUAGUCUUUCUGUUUCUGUGUGUGUGCCUGUGUGUGUGUGUGUGAUAAUCUUCCUUUUUCUGUCAAGUCUUCCCUUGGCCUGGGGGUCCUCCUGGUGAGUCAUUGGAGCUAUGAAGGGGAAGGGGUUGUAUCACUUUGCCUCUCCUACCCCCACCUGUCCCAGUGUGGGGCAGCGAUGUACAUAUGGGGGUGGGCUGGGCAGGGUGCUGUGCUCCUUUUGGGGGGUCCAGGGCUCUGGGGUGGGCCUGGUCCUGCUCCUAGGGCUGUGAAUGUUUUCAGGGUGGGGGGAGGGAGAUGGAUUCUCCUGUGUGUUUGGGGCAAGGGUGGGAGGGGCCUCCCACUUGGCCCUGGGGUUCAGUGGUAUUUUAUACGUGUCCUCCCGAACGGGGCUGGGAAAGGUUGUGUGGGGGGAGGGGGAGGGAGGAGAGAGGGUGGGCAUGCUGUGGAUAUUGCAUAUCCUCUCCCAGCCCUAGGAGGAGGGCUCCUAACAGUGUAACUUAUUGUGUCCCCGCGUAUUUAUUUGUUGUAAAUAUUUGAGUAUUUUUAUAUUGACAAAUAAAAUCGAGAAAACAA